AGCAGAGACAAACAGUUGCAGCCAAGAAGCAGAAACAGCGUACCGGUUUAUCGAAAAGGAACUUCACUUAACACAAGCUUCGCAUUAGCAGCCUAACCUACCGUCCUGCAUUUCACCUGUAGCGUCUGAAGAUCCACUUUGUAAAAAUGGUAUCCUGCCUGAAGCCCUGGACUGUAAUGCUCGCUCUGGUCCUGUGUGUGUUGGUGUGCCUGGGGACCUUUGUCGAUGCCUUCCCUCCGAAGCCGGAACACCCUGGGGAUGACGCCCCUGCGGAGGACGUGGCCAAAUAUUACACUGCGCUCAGGCACUACAUCAACCUCAUCACGAGGCAGAGGUAUGGCAAGCGCUCCAACCCAGACUCCGUGAUCUCAGAGCUGCUCUUUGGUGACAACUCAGAGAACAACGCUCGAUCAAGAUACGAUGACUCCUACGUGUGGUGAUCCCGUCUCCUGACCCUCUCCCUAACGUCCCCCCAUCUUUGCGACCAUCGUGUUGAAAAGCCUGACAUUAGAAAUGACGUCAACUCUAUUAACGUCAAGUCAUCGUGCUCAGCCGUUCGCUGCAUGCUAUCUCUCUCCUCCCUCACUCUGUCCCGCUUCGAUCAUGCUUCUACUUACACAAAGACAAUUGUAUAUAAUUUAUUAAUGAAUAAGACAUAAAAAAUAAAUUAAAAAAAUUAAGAAAAACUGUCAAACCAACGCACCGUAUCUGAAAGAAAAUUCUUUUUGUUUGUAUUGUAAAAAUGCUUAUGUGCGAUUAAAAUUUA